AUGGAAGAAACCUGCGGAAUAAAUAAGAAAUAUGGAAAAUCAUUCACUAUAGACCCAUUUAGUAACGCAACAGUAACGCUAGGAGAAACCCUGAUUAACCACCUAUGUAACGAUAGAAAUGACAGGUGGCAUGAACUCGUUGAGAAUACAGACAUGACCAAAAACAGCAAAAAACUAUGGCGAUUCAUCAAGAGGCUAAAUGGGGACCCGGUUCCACACACUAAGGGUAUAAACGUAACAGCUAAUCAAGUAGCCACACAGCCAGGGGCAAACAUCAAACAGUAA